AUGCGGCUUGAAAUUUUUUGUCUUAUCUGGCUCGACACAAAUGCGAAUGCUACAGAAAUUCGAGAUACAGAACGAAGUUUACGUUCUAUUAUUAAUCAUCUCAAGAAGUUUAAAGAUGUAGAACAAUGUCAAAAAUAUAUUAAAGAAAGAUCACAAAAAGAUCGAUUAGUUAUGAUCGUUAGUGGCCAAUUAGGACGAGAAAUCGUUCCUGCUAUUCACAAACUUCGCCAAGUUAUAUCAAUCUAUGUAUAUUGUUUCGAUAAGAAAAGUAAUGAGGAAUGGGCUUGUAAAUUUACAAAAGUAAAAGCUGUUGUUGUUGAGCUUGAUGAACUCAUCUCUCGAAUAAAAGCUGAUCAUAAAAUUCAGAAAAUGGUCGAAGAACCCUUGUCCAUUAAUAUUUUUACUACAAGUGCCGACGCAGGUAAAUCGACAACAGGUUUAAAUGGUCAGUUUGUUUUUUCUCAACUUCUGAUUGAUUGUCUUCUUCGAUUAAAAUACACUGAAGAAGAUAAAAAAGAACUUAUUCGUAUUUGUAAACAACAAUAUGAAGGUAAUAGUGAUGAAUUGAGCAAUCUUCUUGAAUUUUCGCAAGAUUAUUCACUGAAUAACGUUCUAUGGUGGUACACACGAGAAUCAUUCUUUUACAAGACGCUUAAUGCAGCUCUCCGUACUCAAGAUAUUCAUUUAAUAUUUUUAUUUCGCGCAUACAUCUCUGAUAUUCAUCAUCAAUUGAAAAAUCAUCAAUCUAAAAAUUCUCUCCGAGUCUAUCGAAGCCAAAUGAUUUCAAGUGAUGAACUAAAUACUUUGCAACAAUGUUGUGGGCAGUUUAUUUCAGUGAAUUCAUUUUUUUCUACCAGUACUGAUUACCAGCAUGCUCUUUCAUUUCUCAAUGUUCCUGAUGGUACAGACAGUUUAGAACCAGUAUUAUUUGAAAUUGAUGCCAACCCUAAGAUGGUCACUACAAAACCAUUUGCGGAAAUCAGUGUAUAUAGUGAAUUUAGUGAUGAAUCGGAAGUUCUCUUUAUGCUUGGUUCCAUUUUUCGUUUGAAAAGCGUCAAUCACAAUAGUAAUGACCAAGUAUGGGUCAUCAAAAUGACUGUAUGCAGUGAAAAUGAACAUGAAUUAAAACAUGUACUCACAGAUAUGCAAAAGCAACUUGCAAGUGGAGAAACAAAUCUUCAUAAAUUCGGAAAACUAUUAUGGGAAAUGGGAAAGCCUGACCUAGCUGAAAAAUACUUUAUUCGUAUGAUAGGACAACUCCCGCCCAACGACCUGAUACUUGCUGAUUUGUAUCAAGAUCUUGGCAAGCUUGCCUCAUAUGCUGGUGACUUGGACAAAAGUAUGGAAUGGCGUCAAAAAGCUAUCGCACUGGAAAAUCCGAAUGCAUUAGUUGGGACGGUCGCUAUUGAUCAGCACACCGAUUACAUUCCAUCUGACGCCAAAAAAUGUCGUGCUUAUGGACGAGGUAUUCAACCAAAAGGUGUUCGUACAGGUGAUGUUGCUGAAUUUCGUGUUAUUACAAAAGAUGCUGGAGAUGGUAUUAUGAAAGCAACAGUAACCGGACCAGAUGGUUCGGAAAUUCCUUGUCGUGUAACAAAAGCAAACAGUACAACAUAUGAAUGUGGCUAUGUACCCAAUCGUAUAGGAAAUUAUACAGUCAAUAUAACAUAUGGUGGUGCUCAUAUACCUAAAAGUCCAUUUCCAGUUGAUGUUGGGCCAUAUAAAGAUUCUCGAAUACGAGCAUUUGGAUCAGGUCUUGAAGGUGGUAUAAUUGGUUUUCCAGCGGAUUUUGUUGUUGAAACAAAUGGUGAAACUGGUUCAUUAGGCUUUUCAAUCGAAGGACCAUCACAAGCACGUAUUGAAUGUAAUGAUAAUGGUGAUGGUUCAGCUAAUGUUCGUUAUUGGCCAACAAUACAAGGUGAAUAUGCUGUCCAUAUUCUUUGUAAUGAUGAAGAUAUACCACAUUCACCAUUUAUGGCAUGGAUUGAAGCACCAGGAAAUUUUGAUUCGAAUAAAGUUAAAGCUUAUGGUCCAGGACUUGAACCAUCAGGACAAAUAAUUGAUAAACCAACAGAAUUUACAAUUGAUACACAUAAUGCUGGUGAAGCACCAUUACGUGUUCAAGCUAUUGAUCAAGAUUAUCAACCAGUUGAUGUCCAUGUACGAAAUAAUGGUAAUGGUACAUAUACGUGUCGUUAUACACCAAGAAAUCCUAAUCGUCAUUGUAUUUUAAUUGAUUAUGGUGGUGUUGCUAUACCACAUAGUCCAUUUCGAGUUUGGCCAACAGAACCAUCAAAUCCAUCUAAAGUUCGUGUUUAUGGUCCUGGUGUUGAACGUGGUGUUAAAAUGAAUACGUCAACACAUUUUACUGUUGAUUGUAAAGAAGCAGGACCAGGCGUUUACGUUGCAGAAUUUACUCCACAAGCAGAAGGUCAACAUCGUAUUGAUAUUAAUUGGAGUGAUCAACCAAUACCUCAGAGUCCAUUUAACAUUAAAGUACUUCCACAUUUCGAACCAAAUAAAGUUAUUGUUGACGGACCAGGUAUUCGUAACGGUAUAUCAGCAUCACUAGAAACAUCUUUUCGUAUUGAUACACGUGACGCUGGUUUUGAACAACCUGACGUUUUAAUAAAAAAUCCUGAAGGUCUUUUAAUUUCAUCGAAAAUCAUUGAUAAUAAAGAUGGAACCUACAAGGUAACAUAUAAACCGAAUGAUGUUGGUCGCUAUAUAAUUAAUGUUAAUUAUGGUGGUAUUCCGGUUCAUAAUUCUCCAUUCAACGUGAAAGUGGAGCCGACCGGCGAUCCAACGAAAUGCCAUAUUUCGGGCACUGGCAUUAAUCCUAAUCUUCAAGUAGGUGAAGAAUAUACAAUAACUGUUGAUACACAUGAUGCCGGCCCGGGUGCAGUAACAUGUCGUAUACGUUCAACACUUGGCAAUGACCUUGAUAUUGAUAUUGUUGAUAAUGAAGAUGGAACAUAUAAUUUAUUCUAUACACCACAUAAUCCAGGAAAUUAUGUUAUUAAGAUUAAAUUCGGCGGACAAGAUAUCCCAGGUGGUGAUUUUGUCGUAACGGCUGGUGACACUAAUAAAUAUAUUCGAACACAAACAGAAUCUGUUACAACAGGUCAAUAUCGACCUGUCGAUUUUCGAUUACCUGUUGGUGGCGGUAAACUUAGUGAUAUUACUGCAUUAAUACGAACACCAAUAGGUAAAUUUCAUACCCCACUUAUUGAUGAUAAUCAAGAUGGAACUGUUUCAAUAAAAUAUCAACCAUCAGAAAUCGGUUUACACGAAUUAGAUGUAUUUUAUCAAGGUCAACCCAUAGCUGGUUCACCAUUUAAAUUUCAUGUUGAUCAAGUUCAAACAGGUUAUGUUACAGCGUAUGGACCUGGUCUUAGUCAUGGUGCCUGUAAUGAAUCAUGUAGCUUUCGUAUUGUAACUAAAGAUGCUGGUUCAGGCGGUCUGUCAGUUGCUGUUGAAGGAAGUUCAAAAGCUGAAAUUCAAUGUAAAGAUAAUAAAGAUGGUACAUGUGAUGUUACUUAUUGGCCGACUGCCCCUGGUGAAUAUACAAUAACUGUUAAAUUUGCUGAUAAACAUAUUGUUGGUUCACCAUUUACUGCUAAAAUAACUGGUUUGCCAUUAGCAGUUGAAAAUCGUAAACGCUCACAAGUUAUGGUCGGAAAUCAAAGUGAAAUAAGUUUACGUGUAACUGAAAUGGAUAUACAUGAUUUAAAUGCCACAAUACAUUCACCAAGUGGUAUAGAAGAUGUAUGUUUAUUAAAAAAAUUAGCUAAUGGAAGUCUCGGUAUAUCAUUUAUACCAAAAGAAAUUGGUGAUCAUUUAGUAAAUGUUUAUCGUGAUGGUAAACAUAUUAAAAAUAGUCCAUUUCGUAUACAUGUUGGUUCAUCAGAAAUUGGUGAUGCUAGUAAAGUGAAAGUAUUUGGACGAGGUUUAAAAGAAGGUAAAUAA